UUCAAAAAUGGAUCGAUGAACAUAUGUGGAGAUAGUUGCAACAAAGAAUAGAUACACCAUAACCAUACCCUCCCUCCUUCCCUUGAUUCCAGGUUUCCUCUUUCUUCCAUUCAUCAUCUCUCACAAUCCCUAAUCGAUCAACUAAUUCCACUUCUACAAACAACCAAUUCAACCUAUAUAAUAGCAUCAUUUCAUUUCAAUUUUCUCCAAAUUUUCCUUUUCUAGGGUUUCCAAUUGCCGAUUUUGGACCUUCAAUCCGUGAUCUGCAUAACCUACGAUUCAACCGCUGCAGAUCUGAAUUUCAACGGUUCGUGUUCGGUUACAGGAUGUUUUGGCGUAUGACCGGAUUGUCCACUACGUCUCCGGUGGAGACAAUUUUGGACAAGGAAAAUUAUACCCUAGAAGAGCUUCUAGAUGAAGAUGAAAUAAUACAAGAAUGCAAAGCUCUUAAUAACCGACUUAUCAAUUUUUUGAGGGAAAGGACUCAAGUUGAACAACUUGUUCGGUACAUAGUUGAAGAACCUCCUGAAGAUGCUGAAAAGGGGCGAACAUUUAAGUUUCCUUUUAUCGCUUGUGAGAUCUUUACUUGUGAAGUCGAUAUCAUUCUCAAAGCCUUGGUGGAGGAUGAUGAGUUGAUGAACCUGCUGUUCUCCUUCCUUGACCCAGAGCACCCUCACAGUACACUACUUGCUGGCUAUUUCAGUAAAGUUGUUGUAUGCCUGCUGGUGCGAAAGACAGUUCCUUUAAUGAACUAUAUUCAGGCUCAUAAGGAUAUUAUCCAAAAGCUUGUUGACUUGAUCGGAAUUACAUCCAUCAUGGAGGUUCUUAUUCGCCUGAUCGGUGCUGAUGAACACCUUUACACAAGCUAUUUAGAAUCAAUGCAGUGGUUAGAAGAUACAGAUGUGCUGGAGAUGAUUGUUGAUAAGUUCAGUUCCACGGAUUGUCCUGAAGUGCAUGCCAAUGCGGCAGAGGCACUUUGUGCUAUAACCAGAUAUGCUCCACCAGGACUAACUGCUAAAAUAUCCAGCCCGAGUUUCAUAUCAAGAUUAUUUCGCCAUGCUUUGGAGGAGUCACGGCCAAAAUCAGUUUUAGUUAAUUCAUUGUCUGUAUGCAUAUCUUUGUUGGAUCCUAAGAGGCAAACCUCAGGGACGUUCUACAUUUACAAUCGUCAAUCGACACAUGGAUCUGUAGUAACAGCAAAACCUGAGACCGUGGAAGGCAUGUUGGAGAGCCUAGGAAGUUUGUUAAAGCUCUUGGAUGUUUCAGCAGAAGAAAAUGUAUUAUUUACGACAUAUGGACAGUUGAAGCCACCUCUUGGGAAAAAUCGCCUAAAGAUUAUUGAAUUCAUCUCAGUCCUGAUGACUGUCAGUAGUGAAGCUGCUGAGAAGGAGUUGAUCCGCCUUGGUGCCCUAAAACGUAUUCUAGAAUUAUUUUUUGAGUAUCCAUACAAUAACUUCGUUCAUCACCACAUUGAACAUAUAAUAGAUUCUUGCCUCGAGAGCAAGAACACUUCACUCAUUCAGCAUAUUCUUGAAGCUUGUCAUCUUGUCAGGAAAAUUCUUGAUGCUGAGAAGAAUUGUGCAUUGAACUCCGAUCCAAAGAAUCCAACACUGCCUGCAGAAGGAAGAACGCCACCUAGGAUAGGAAAUAUUGGACACAUGACACGUAUAGCAAACAAACUUAUUGAACAAGGGGCUAAUAAUAGCUACAUACAGUCAUAUUUGCAGGGUGAUAGUGAAUGGGUAGAGUGGCAUACAGAUGUACUUGCUAAACGUAACACACUUGAAAAUGUCUACCAGUGGGCGUGCGGGAGACCUACUACACUUCAUGAUCGUGGUAGAGAUAGUGAUGAUGAUGAUUACCAAGAUAGAGACUAUGACGUUGCAGCUUUAGCCAAUAAUUUAAGCCAGGCGUUUCGAUAUGGUAUCUAUGAAAAUGAUGAUAACGAUGAGGCUCAUGGCUCACUGGACCGAGAUGAUGAGGAUGUCUACUUUGAUGAUGAAUCUGCAGAAGUGGUGAUAUCUUCGCUUCGACUGGGAGAUGAUCAAGAAAGUGGGUCGCUUUUCACAAACUCGAACUGGUUUGCUUUUGAGGAGGAGAGGGUGAUUCCUGAGCAAUCAACCAGUACGGUAGCUUCACCCUCGCCCAACACCGACGCUACUACUGACAGUGGUGGUGAUGAUGUGGUUAUGUCCAAUGAAAACGACAAAGACUUGGUUGAUUCCGCAACAUCUGAGGUCCCGCAGUCAAAACAAGACCUAGAUGAUGCAGCUAUCGGGAAGGCAACUGACGAGUCAACAUCAACUGAGAGUGACAAGCCAACUGAAUGGAUCGAAUGGAGAGAAGCGGUUGAACCAGAAUCAUCAUCGGUUAUAGCCACCGAGUCUGCUGGAACAUCUCACGCUGCAACUGAUAGCCUCCCCAACGGGGUUCCCGAAGUUAGUCCGUCGGAUGAUACUGCUACUGAUCCUCCUAACAAAGUGGAGGUUUGUCUGCCAUCUUCCGCCACUGACAAACUGGAGGCGGUGGCCGACAGUGGUGGCAAAACCGACGUUGCAGUAAGCCCACCAGAGUAAUUGAGUUUUUUAAACCUCGAAAGCAUUGUUCUGGUUGUAGGACAAGGAAAAUGCUAGACUUUUUUUUUUUGUGUAAUUCAGACUAAUGAUGUACAUUAUUGACGGGGCAUACGGUCGGAAUAGCGAUAGUAAUUCUUUCUUCAUCCCGUCGGUAUACCAAAUGGUCACUCCGGUGACCUGAAAAUGGUUUUUCGGUAGUUCGCAUUCGAAGAUUCUCUUACCAAAUGUUUGUAUGUUAAAAUGUUUUAUACACACUUAAGAUUCUUAAUGUCUAAAGUUUCAUUAAUAAGUUAUUAUAAAAUAUGAUAAGUCUUGUUGAUU